AUGGCGGACCAACAGCAGGAGAAGCCAGCUCACUUGGAGCCCUCGGAGCUGGGGACGAAGGAGUACUGGGACAACCUGUACGUCAACGAGAUAUCCAACCACGCGCACGACCCAGACGACAAGGGCACGGUCUGGUUCGACGACAGCGACGCCGAGGCCAAGAUGAUUGCGUUCCUGAACAAGCUCGACCCGGACUUUGCCGGCAGCGACAGCGGCAGCGACUCCGACGACGGUGAGGGAGAAGAAGAAGAGGAGGAGGAGCAGGAAGCACGUUCGCGACUGCCCCGCCUAUACCAGAGCAGGACGACGUUUCUCGACCUCGGCACGGGCAACGGUAGUCUACUGUUUGGCCUCCGCGACGCGGGCUGGCAGGGCAAGAUGCUCGGCGUGGACUACUCACCCAAGAGCGUAGAGUUUGCCAAGCAGAUCGCGCGGUCUCGUCGUCGUCGUCAGCGGGAGGAACGAGACGGCGAGGACGACGGCGAGGGUGAGGGUGAGGGUGAAGAUGGUGGAGGAGCAGAGGGGGUCGAGUUCCGCGAGUAUGACAUUCUCAACGGCCGGCCCGAGACAUUACUCCCCAGCGCGAUUUUCACGACCUCGGAACCUUCAACAACAACAACAACAAAUAAAACGAACCCGCAAGAGGAGCAGGGCUGGGAUGUGAUCCUCGACAAGGGUACCUUUGACGCCAUAUCGCUGUACUCCUCCUCCUCCUCCUCGACAACACAAGAAGCAGGCACGCGGCGGCCCAACGAGGGUUACAAGGCUGCCGUCCUGCCCUUGGUCCGCGAGGGAGGCCUUUUCCUCAUCACGAGCUGCAACUGGACCGAGGACGAACUGUCGCGGUGGUUUGAGGGCGACUAUGACAGCGACCAGCAGCAGCAGGACCAACAGUGGCGCUUCAGACAGGUUGGCAAGGUCCAAUAUCCGACCUUCAGCUUUGGUGGAGUCAAGGGACAGACUAUCAGCACGUUGUGCUUCGCCAAGAUGAGGAGGUAG